CUACGGUGGCCGGCGCGGGCGGGCGGGGCUACGGUGGCCGGCGCGGGCGGGCGGGACGGUGGCCGCGCGGUUGGCCGGCGCCCGCCAUGGGCUGGGAGGAGAAGCAGGUGCGCGGGUACGGCGAGUUCGCGGAGACGGCGCAGCGCUGCCACGGCCGGCCCAUCUUCGCCCUCUUCUGCGGCGACAAGGACGCCGCGGGCCGCAGCUGGUGCCCGGACUGCGUGACGGCUGAACCCAUUGUGAGGAACGAACUUCAUAACAUGCCUGAUGGGUCUGUAUUCAUCUACUGCCUAGUAGGAGACAGAGCCUACUGGAAAGAUCCCAACAAUGAAUUCAGAAAGAAUCUGAAACUAACAGGAGUACCUACACUACUUAAAUAUGGAACACCCCAGAAGCUGGUUGAAGAAGAAUGUUUUAAGGCAGAGCUCGUGCGUAUGUUGUUUACUGAAGAUUAAAUCUUCCAGUAGUCAAUCAUUUAUUAAGAUGCUCAUCUCAGUUAUUUGCUCUGUCCUUUCAGGGGAUCUUUACGUUUUCCAGACUAUUAUGGUUAAUUACAACUUCUGACUAGUCAAAAUAAAUGUCAUAUAAAUUGUGGAAUUGUCAUAUAAAAUAGUGGAAGGUCCAGACCUUCCACUAAAAUCUCAAAAUGCAAAAUUGUGUCUUUCCUUUCUUGUUGAAAUAAACUUGUAUUUGCAACAAA